AUGGCGAGUCCGAGUAGCCACGAGGCAGGCCCAGCCACGCGGGCCCCAUUGGCUGAGGGGGAGCCGGCACCAGGCCCCUCCCCGGAUCCUGGGGGGGACUCGAGGGAGGCCCCGGAGAAGCGCGGAGACGGAGCCGAGAGCCCAGAGCCAGGCCCCCGAGACAACCCGCCCGCCCCGGGCCCCAGCCGAGGCGCCGUCGGCUCGGCGAACAGCCGCGGGCUCGGGCUCUCCUUCCCCAGAAAGCUCUGGAUGGUGGCGGAGGACGAGGCCUUCCCGUCUGUGCGCUGGAACGACGCGGGCGACGCGGUGGUCAUCGACCAGGAGCUCUUCCAGAGGGAGGUUCUCCACCGCAGAGGCGCGGAGAGCAUCUUGGAGGCAGACAGCUUGAAGGGCUUCAUCCGGCAGCUGAACCUCCACGGAUUCAGCAAACUACGCCCGGCCGGCCCUUCGGCGGGCUCUCCGGGCAAGGAGCGGAUGAUGAUCUACCGCAACUCCAACUUUCAGAGAGACAAGCCUCUGCUGGUCGAGAACAUCCAGGGAGCGCGGGUUCCGCGGGGAACCAGCGGGCCGGGCCCAAAGAGAAAGAAGCAGCUCCUGCCCACGAGACGCUCCCCGCGGCUCCGUCUCCAGGAUCCCACCAAGGAGGCCGCCAGCUCCAAGGCCCCGAAGGAAGCUCCCAGUGCUCAGGGGCCCGGUGCCACCCGGGCUUUCACGUUCUCUGGCCUCUGGUCCAGGAGCAGUGUAGCCGGGCAGGCCGGGGCACACCAGCCCCUCCGUGAGCAAGGUGGCCCCAGUGGGGAGGGCACGUCCAGGAAUGUCAUGUGUGGGCCCCCGGCUACCGCCGGAAGUGACAGUGCAGGGGACGUGCCCACCAGCCUCCCGGUUUGCCCAGCGUACGGCUCGGUGCUGUCUCUGUACACCAUCUGCUCCUCCAUCCUCCUGGUGGCCCUUCCAGUCACGGCCCCAAACGAGGCCCCCGAAGGGGACGAGGGGCAGGAGGGCUCCUCAGAUCACAAGAGUGCCCUCUGCGAGCCGUUCAAGGACAACCCAAGUCCCUGAGCGCGCGGGCCCUGGUCACAGACAAAAAGCACCACCCCGAACCAGAAACCCAGCCUGGGCCUCAAUAAAGACGAGCAAAACCCCACGGGAGGAAAUAAA